AUGUCUGCAUCUCACGCUUCCGCCACCACUGACUCCCNGGACCCAUCAUCCUCCCCCGAGGCCCUGCGCAUCAAAGAACAAGCCAUCAACAACCUUGCAGACCUCCUCAGGCAGGAAGGCCGGGCCCACGACCUCCAGAGCCUCCUGACCAAGCUCCGGCCUUUCUUCUCCCUCAUCCCCAAGGCCAAGACGGCCAAGAUCGUCCGCGUCAUAAUCGAUGCCGUGACCAAAAUCCCCGGCACAUCCGACCUCCAAAUCUCCCUCUGCAAGGAGAUCGUCCAAUGGACUCGUGCCGAAAAACGGACCUUUCUCCGCCAGAGGAUCGAGGCCCGACUAGCGGCCCUCCUCCUCGAGAACAAGGAGUUUCCGGAAGCCCUCGCUCUCCUCUCAGGCCUCAUCAAAGAGGUCCGCAGGCUCGACGACAAGCUUUUACUCGUCGAAAUCGACCUCCUCGAGAGCAAGCUCCAUUUCUCGUUAAGAAACCUCCCGAAAGCAAAAGCCUCACUGACCGUGGCCCGCACGGCAGCGAACGCGAUCUACGUGCCUCCAGCUCAGCAGAGAACGAUCGACUUGCAGAGCGGGAUCCUCCACGCAGAGGAAAAGGACUACAAGACGGCUUACAGCUACUUUUUCGAGGCUUUUGAGGCAUUCAAUGCGCUCGAGGACCCGCAGGCCAUCUACAGCCUCAAGUACAUGCUGUUGUGCAAGAUUAUGGUGGGGCAGGCGGAUGACGUGGCGGGGAUCAUAUCGUCACCAAAGGUGGGGCUGCAGUAUCAGGGGCCUGAG